ACAGGCAACGUGAAAGCGAUCAUUCAUUGCGACAGAGGAGUGUUGUAAUUUACCUUGGUUUGUGAUGAAACACGGGAAGUUCGAUCCCAAUUUUCACUUUCCUAUUGAAACGCCAAGACUUGUUAAAUCUUUGGUUACGCUAUUGUGACAUUGCGACCGAAACAUCAGCCUUAGGCCCUCCUUGUUGACUAAAAGUUUAAACUCUGAACGUUUGAACUUGAAUCAAGCCGAGAACAGAACGGAAAUUGCCAUAAAGGAACGACCGUUGAUUGAUUGUUCUUCUAUAAUCAGGAAAAUCUGUUCAAGGAAUAAUAUGCUCUGGCGAAGACAUAAUUCGCAGUGAUCUGCUGUCAUCUAAAGUUCAGCAUGAAUCACCCAUCUGAUGAACCCGACGACAACCAAAAUUUCCACGAUGAAAUCUCCUCGACUCUGAAAGACGUGGAGAUAUUUCUCAGUGACCUCGCGGAGGAAUCACUUCAGUUACAUCUCGAAAAACAAAGAGAUGAGCUCCUUGAGAAGGUAAUUCAACUGAAAAAGAAGGUCACAGAGUACAAAAACUCUCAGAUGGUUACAAAUGGAAUCAAAUCCCCGAGACCCAAAAGAAAAAGCUACCCGUUUGCGGCUGUAAAGGACAGUAUGCAUACAUACGCUGCGCAUUUACAAAAAAUAAACGUGGAUGUGAAACCUAAGCACCCAGGCUCACCCGAGAUAAGGCGGUCAGUGGAUAAGCCUAAAAUGCGCCCGCGCUCCGUGUCGUGUCCCGAAAUUCGCUUCACUUUAAGUCAUGCGUGGAGGACGUCCCUUCCUAAGGUUCCAGAAAACGAGGAGCUCAAAGUAGAUGGAGACAAAGGAUCCUUAUCAGAGGAAGACUAAAUGCUAGUUGCGUCAACAGGUUUAUGUACAAAUUUCUUCUUCUCGAAAUCCAGUCCUCUAUGCAUGUUGACUCAAAAAGAAUGGAAAUAGAAUUAGCUGCGCUGAAUAAAGAGAAAGGACCAUUAAAUCUUCCAAGAGUAAACAGUUGAAGGCAGAGCAUAAGAUGUUGUGUUCAUUACCUGUGCCCCAGUCUUCCUCGCUGUUCGUGGAACGAACCACAACCGUACGCGAAGUGUCCUGAGAUGGUCAUAAAUGAGUACUAAUUGGAUAAAUUAAACCUGGGAGAGUUUGAAGCCAUGGAUCCACACUUAUUUAAGGUCUUAGUUUCGUUACGGAAGAAUAACAUUUGCGCUCGAGAGCGACCAGUGAGGUCACGCAGACUGGGUCACGCGAAAAAAUAACAUUGAUAUACUGCUGACAAGUGCGAAAGUCACAUAAAUUAAUAAAGUAAUAGUGGUAAUAUAAAACGGAAGUUAUCUUAACUUAUUUGACUUCGACUUGGAGCCGAUCUAAUAUGGAAUGUGUAUCUGCUUUUCUACAUUUUUAUUUAUUUGAGAAUUCUAUUUGCUUGUGCACGUUGGGUAAUAAACUCGCUUUCACGCCGA